UUGUCAAAAUUGAUCCAGCCCCUACCGUCCUUUGUAGUAGCUUAUUAUGUUCUGAAUGUAACAUAUUUCUGUAAGAUAUUGCCAAUAAAUAGGAUUCUGGUAUCUUUGUAAUAGGAUUUGGAUCUCAACUACGUCCACUACUACAACUCGUAGUCCUAGGUUCGACUCUUCACUCUUCAGCACCACAAACCUCGUUCUUUUCACUGGCUCACCCAAUUUGGAAUUCAGAUGGAUCCAAACAGCGGUUUCAACUCAGAAACAGACACUUUCCACAGCCUCAGACCCCCAAUCGAUCUUCCACCACAACAUAUUCCUCUAUCAGCUUCUGAUUACGCUUACUCGCUCCGAGCUAACUCGCCAUGGCCUGACUCACUCGCUCUCGUCGACUCCUCCACGGGUCAGCGAGUUUCAUACUCCGAGUUCACUCGCAAAACCCAAACUCUAGCCUCCUAUCUUCACUCCGCCAUCGGACUCUCCAAAGGCGACACCGCUUUCGUUCUCUCUCAAAACCUCGUCCAGGUUCCGAUCCUCUAUUUCUCGCUGCUCUCUCUUGGGAUAGUCAUCUCCCCGGCUAACCCACUCAGCACCGAGUCUGAGAUUUCAAGCCUAAUCCAACUAUGCAACCCAGUGAUUGCAUUUGCCACGUCAUCAAGCGCUCACAAACUUUCAAACAUUUCUCUCCAUUUCAAAACCAUUGUCCUCGACUCGCCCGAGUUCGACUCAAUGAUGACGAGUCCGGUACAAACGAUCGACCGCGUCGAAGUGAGCCAGUCCGAUUUGGCGGCGAUAUUGUACUCGUCCGGGACCACCGGGAGAGUCAAAGGAGUGAUGCUGACUCACCGGAACCUGAUGGCGACUGUGUCCGGUGCCUACGCGCACCGGAUGGAGAGGAAGUCGCCUGCGGUGUUGCUCUAUACGGUGCCGUAUUUUCACGUGUUCGGGUUUUCCUACAGCUUGAAGUCGGUGGCUUUGAACGAGGGGGUGGUGCUAAUGGAGAGGUUCGAUUUGAGGAAGAUGAUGAGGGUGGUGGAAGAGUUUAGGGUGACCCACGUGGCGAUGGCCCCACCGGUGGUGGUGGCCAUGGCCAAGACUGAUGUAACGGACGACUACGAUUUGAGCUCGUUGGAAGGGGUUGCGUGCGGUGGGGCUCCAAUUGCGAAGGACGUCGUUUCCGCUUUCAUGGCGAAGUUUCCAAGAGUUGUCUUUGUACAGUUAUGUGAGUUUGGUUAUGGGCUAACUGAAUCAACGGGGUCAGCGUGGCGAACAGUGGGUCAAGAGGAGAGUGUUCAUUGGGGAUCAACAGGGAGACUUUCAGUAGGUUUUGAAGCCAAAAUUGUAGACCCGGACACAGGGCAUGCUUUGCCUCCGUGCAAGCAAGGGGAGCUCUGGAUUAGAGGACCCACGAUUAUGAAAGGUUAUAUUAGUGAUCCAGAGGCAACUUCUGCAACUUUAGUAGCAGACGGUUGGUUGAGAACAGGUGAUCUUUGUUAUAUUGAUGAGGAAGGUUUCCUAUUUGUUGUAGAUAGGCUUAAAGAAUUGAUCAAAUACAAGGGAUAUCAGGUAGCCCCUGCAGAGCUAGAACAUUUGCUUCAGUCCCACCCGGAGAUAGUUGAUGCUGCUGUUAUACCAUACCCUGAUGAAGAAGCUGGUCAGGUCCCAAUAGCUUUUGUGGUAAGACAGCCUCAAAGCUCCCUUGGAGAAGCAGAGAUAAUAGAUUUUGUCGCAAAACAGGUUUCACCGUACAAGAAAAUAAGACGUGUAACGUUUGUCAAUUCCUUACCCAAGAGUGCAACUGGAAAAUUAUUGAGAAAGGAUUUGAGGAAGAUUGUUACUGUCAACUCUUCUUCUAGGUUAUGAUUUCUUGUUGGGUCAAUAUACAUUAAGACAAACAAGAUACUCACUCAUCAUAUCUGAUGAUGAUGAUGAUGAUGAUGAUGAUGAUUUCUCAAUUUAGAUUGUUGCAAUUCAAGUUUGAAGAUAAAUUCUAAUAUAUAUAUAUAUAUAUAUAUAUAUAUAGCAUUAAGAUAUUGAGAGGUUAUCACCUGCCGUCAGUGGAUGCUGGACUCAGGGAUGGAGCCAGACUAUCAUGGGGUUUGGUGUGCUAAUGGUUUAGCUAGGAUGAGUUUUAGGAUGAACAAUGAUUUUCAAUAUUAUGGUAGUCUGCCUGUGGACGUUCUAGAUGUUUUUGAGGGUGACCUCAAUGAAAUGUACUUGAACAGGAUAUGUCUUGAA